UUUAGACAUAAUGGAGGACCUUAAAAGAGAAGAAGAAAGGGUUACAAGAAGUAUAAGAGAUGGUGUCCAUUCUGAAGAAGGGCACCUGACUGUGAGGGACGCAUGGACUAUCUACCGACAAAUCAGCUUCCAGGAACAGACGGACCAAAAUCAACACCUACAAAACCUAUCUCUCAAUGCUUUCCUGCACUUGUUCCUGAAGGAAGCUGACAACAAUGUCGGAAUCCAAGGAGUCGGUGACAUGAGGUGUGUAGCUAACCACCUGUGUCAGGAGUUUAUGUCUGACAUCAUUAGUGUCACCGGGUCCUCGGAGGACGAGGAUGAUACUCCUCUACAGAAUUAUCUCCUCAGGGAGCGUGGCUGGCUCCUCCUCUACACCAUUCACAGAAACGGCACACAGGGCCUUACUGUGGGAAAAGAUUUCAGUAAUCUUCUUGUGUCUCUGUUACCAUGGUGCUUGAAAUUUCCUGUGGACAACCCAAACUCUCAAGCAGAUGAGCUAGAAUCACUUCUUCCCAUUAAUACUUGCUUCCUCCAUCUGGAGCACUCCUCAAAAUGGCAGCGGUGUUCCUCUCAAAGAAACAAGGUGCUGCCUCUCACAGACAAACACAAAAGCAAAUCCCGCUCAUCAGGAGGCCCAAAGAAACAUAGGAAGAUUCCAGAAAGUAUCAAAAGACUGCAGGAAAGGUCUGACAGUGAAGCUGAGAGUGUGACUGAACCGGUGCGGAAACAACGGUCAGGUCGGAGAUUUGUGAGGCACAGGAGCAUAUCCCAGAGUCUAGGGAAGGAGCCAAUAGAAAGAAGUCAGUCUAGCAAAGAGGAGGAUGAGGAAGAGAUGACAACACUCUUAUCUAAGUACAACAAUGGCUACAAAUCUAUUUCUCCUUACAAACUCUGUAUGCUUAUUUUGAAUGUACUCUCAGAUGUGUGUCUUUUAGAUAUUGACCAAUCAAAUCCAAGCAAAACAUUGUCCCCAGUCUUAUUGCCUCACUUGCUACAUACUCUUACUAACUUGUACCCAUCUUUGAAUGGAGGAAAUGAAGAUUUGCUAGCUUUUCAUUGGCUCAAAAGGCAACAGACAUACUUUCAGAGAAAGAUUCUUCGACUUAUUUUAGUCAUGGCAUCAAUUGUGGCCACUCAACCCAAUGGAAUAAAUAUCAUUGUAGGACAUAAGUUAGUGUCAGUUUUAUUGGAUGUGGCUAGACAGAUUCAGCAGCUGCAAAAUCUGAAGGAGCAACUUUCAUAUGGGAAACAGAAGACAUCAGAUGAUCUCUCUCAGAUAACUGAUGACUUUGUACUGUUUACAGAGUUAAUUCUGGGCCUUCUGAUGGCAAUUGAUGUCACAUUCCAAUGCUUGCCAUUCAAUCUAGUUCAUGUGAAGAGUGCCAUUCAGUUGGUGGAGGAAUUUGAUGAGGGACAUGGCUUUAUUUUGUUAGAGAACAUCAUUCAGAUGCUGGACAGUAACACGGUGAAAGCUACUUCCAUUCAGAUGAAGCUUGGUAUUCAUGUUACAGAGCCAGUGAAAAUCGCUGCUUCUUUUCUUAGCACCUUGAAAUCCCUGAAGCUCAAUUACAUUCACACUAUGAAAUGCACUAAACGGAAGCAUAAGUCGUGCCAGUUUCAGCAGUAUUUUAACCAUCAUCAUAAUAUCCUUGGAUUACCACAUUCUUCUAAGGUUGAUGAGAAGCUGGAAGGAAUGCCAGAAUCUUCCCUUGAUAACACCACUUGCCUGAUUGCUGUCUGGUGCCUAUUUCUGUUGGAUUUACUUUCAAAAGUCAAAGACAUUUCAUUGCAGGUAGAGAUUUUACGAACAGUGGAACAGACAGGAAACUGUUGUUGUGUUUCAUUGGAAACCAUUUUUGAGCCAAUAAGAAAAAGUCUGCUGUUGUUUAGUGUUGGAAUCCAGAAUUUUGCCAUGGAGGUGUUUAAUAGAAUUCUACUGGAACAUUUCAGUAGAAAAAAUAAAAAUAACAGUGAAAAUCUUCUGGAGCUUACAAAUUUUCAGUGCAAUACCUGUAGAGAUGUGAAACUAGUCAGUGUAGAAAAUGUAGAAACAUCAGAAAAAGCAGUCUCUUUUGCCUUGGAUAGUGGGUUUUCUAGUCAUGAUUUUCCAGAUAAAAAACCAGAGAUGCCAAACGGCUCUAAGAAAGUGAUGCAGGGCUUUAAAGACCUGUUGUUUUCUUCAGAGGGUAGAGUUGCAGAAGUGACAGCAAAAAAUCUGGGCACCUUGGCUCAGCUAGGUAGUGAGUCACUGAAGAAGGAUCUCUUUUUCAAUGUUUAUGUCCAUGCUUUUGAGUCUUUCCUUGUUAACGUGAGUAAAAAUUCAUCUAGUAUGUCUUCAGAAAUGCAGGAGGAUGAGACUUGCCAUUUAGAAUUUUCGUCUAAAGUGAAAGUCCACUGUUUGCUUGCUGUGCCAAAUUUGUUAAAAGUGGAUUCUGUGAUGAAAGCUUUUCUCACAAAGAGAGGGGUAGGCCAGAUUUGUAAAAUGUUAGAUGACAAUGUUUUACGUGCUCCAGUCUUGAAAGUAUUUGAGGCACUAGUUAUUCUUGAUGAAGUCAAACAGAGAGAAUUUGAAAACAGCUUGGAAGCUGGAGAGGAAUCCAAGUCAAAAGCAGGGAUGGUUAUCUCAGCAUUUAUUGAUGGUCUUGCUAAGAAGACAGACAUGAGUUUAUCCCUGUAUCUUUCCAAUGAAAUAAAAUGUGAGAAAGAUUUGUGUAAAAUUGGUCCUGACAAUAAAUAUGUUCAAAAUCUCACAGUUAUGGUAGACAUGUGGGAAACAUGUGCCAAGAUCUGUCUGAACAGUGAACACUUUGUCAUGCAUUUAUUGGAAUCCCAGUGUCUUCCAAUAGCAGGAAAUCUUUUACUGAAAGUUCUGAAACAACUCAAGUCCUCUGUUGGUUGUACUCUGGCUCAGCAAAGAGGACAGGGUGAGGAACAGAGCAAGGACUCCUCAGAAGAUUCUGGACAGGAACUGGAGCAGUUGGUUUCCUUGACGAUGAGCAUGCCCUCUGUAUGCUUCCUGAAGCUUGCUCUGCUUCAGAGUCUUCUGACUGUUUGUAAUGUCUGUUACAAGCACCAUGGCCGGCAGGAUGAAAUCAGAAUGUGGGGGAGGAUAAGGGAAGCGUUCCAAGAUUGCGCUGUUCUACCAGCCUCCCGCCUCAAAACAUUAUUUGACAUCAUGUUGAUCUCUGCUAUGCCCAAGAAGGUCACAGUUUUUGACUCCAACCAAAAAAGUAGCAUACCUCAAGAUUUUAUAAAGGAUGAUGAUAUUGAUGAUGAUGAAAUUCGACAACUGUUACAUGCGAGCAGUGAAGACGAUGGAGAUUCUGUCUGGGUGAUAGAGAAAGGUUACGAUGGGGACACAGAAACAUCGCACGAUGAUGUGAAGAAAUGGGGCUCAGACUCCCCCUCCAGGAGGGAGUACUUUCCCUCGCUGUUCAGACUGAUGGUAGAGCUACUGAUUAACUGUCAGAGACACCAGGCGGGGAGGGACAUCCUCCCCCAGGUCCUGUUAAAACUUUUACAGACUCUGAAGGGGAACUCAGCAGCUGUGAUGGUCAUCUGUGAGGAGGGGCUGCUCUAUAAGUUACUUACAGGCUUCUGGACCCAGCUUACUGCAGAAGAUGAUAAAGGAAUGGUGAGAACAUAUCUACUUUCCCUCAUUCAGUGCUUGGCACAACACAGGAUCACAUCUCUAGAACUCCAGAAAAUCCUACAACUCUUUCAGCACUCACAUAUUUCAAGAAAUUUUCUGUUGUCGUGUUUGUUGACGAUUGUGGAGCAGUCUAGUGUCCAGCCACACUACAGUAUUAAGUUUCCUGUCAAGUCCAGUCCCAGAAAAAGUUCCUCCACCUCAUCCUCUGUUUCCUCAGGCAGCAUAAAGCAGUCCACUGAACUCCCAGCUCCAAAAAUAAAAUCCACAGAAAAAGGUAGUGCAGUGAUUCCUCUUCUACGGUCCUUGUCUACCAUGGUCACCAUGAUGCCUACAAAUGAUCUGAAGAUACAACAGGAACCAGAAAAUUCCCAGAAGGCUUUUGAACAGGAAGUAUGGAAUGUGAUGGCAGUGGAGAUCCCAGUAGGCAUUGGGGUCACUUGGCCUCCUUAUCAGUCAGGUUUGACCUUUGCCCUGUGGCUGAAGAUCUGUGAAGAGGAGGGCAUGACCUUGAAGCCCACAACAGUCUUAUCAACAGGGAACCACGUUUAUGCUUCCAGUAGUGAGGAUCUGACCCAGAAAGGUGUCAUCAAUGGAAAGUCUGUGAAACCACUGGUUAUGUCUGAGUGUAUCCAUGUGAUGUCAGUUGGAACACGAGAGAAACUGCUAGAGGUGUGGAUCUGUUGUAAAACAGGAAAACUACUCUUCAGACUAACAUCAGAGACAAAUGAAGAUGGGUUGGUGUUAGAUGAGGCCACAUCUCGAGACUGGGUGCAUCCAGGGAAAUGGCACCACAUCAUGUUCAGCUAUAUAGAGGCUCUGGAAAAUACAGACAAUGUGGAUCCAAACCUUGUUGGCAGGCUGACCUUGACAAUUGAUGGGUGGCAGAGACAGGAAAUUAGACUAGAGCAGCCCAACCCCUCAGUCAAGGUCGACACACUUGAGGGUAAAGGCAGGCUCUGUGUGGGUCAUGUCUAUGAAGAAUUGCGAGAAAUGACAAACUUCUUACCCUGGCAGAUGGGGUCUUUGUCAGUAUUCAGAGGUGUAGAUAUUAGUGAGGAGGAAUGUUUAUAUUUGUAUGCCCUUGGUCCUAGCUGUAGGAAUGUCAGUAAAUGUGACGGUCCAGAACAACCAAUCUCCUACUCCACCUUUAUAUCAAAACAACUGAUCCAGCAUGCCAACAUCUCUCAUGAUACUCUGGUGGGACUGAGGCUAGUAGAUAGAGAUCAGCUCAGGAUGAAGAUUAUGUUACACUACAGUGGAGGCAAUCCUGACCAGGUCCUCUUGUAUGAGUCUGCCCUGAGGUCAGAAAUCCCCGCCCUGAUGGCAGGUAACCUUGGAAUUCCCCAGCCGCAGUCUCUCUUGUUGUGCCAGCAACCAUUGCCGACUGGGGUGAUGACUCAUGGGAAAGUCGCCACUAAGCUUUGUUAUGGACUGGAGAAAGCUGUUAAGGAAGUAGGAGGCAUGGAGGCCAUUAUGUAUCUAGUGGCUAAGACAGUGGAAGAUAACACAUAUGACAACCAUGAGAAUGACCAAUCAGAGGAGUGUAUUCAGUCUAAAGCCUUGCAGCUUCUAUUCUCUGUGGUCAACUUUUCACCAGACUUAGAUAAUGACUAUAUGACAGCCAAUGGAAACAAACUUCUGUCUAAAGUCCUGACCACUUCCAGGGGAAUUUUGGGAUAUACCACACUCAAGGUGCUUUUUGAUGCUUCCACCACAGAGUCAAUCUUUAGGUUUGACACUGACACUGGUAACCUUGUAAUGAGGAGAAAGAAUGAGGCAGUGGUUACCAGGGCAACAGUGAUUGAGGAGUUAAUCCUCAACUGGAGGAUCUGGGAGGGUGCUGAAGAGGGGGUUCUAGAUCUGCUGUUUAGAGGGCUUGCCUCACUGAUAAGGGAAGACCACUCUCAUCAGGCUUUUAACAUCAAGCAGUUCCACUCUGUGUCUGUUGUGGACAAGAUAUUUAAUAUUUAUCAGGAAAGAAUUCAAGAUGGCUGCCCAGCUUAUCCUGUGUCCAUUGGUCAGUCUGUGGUCAGUAUCAUCACAAGCAUGAUGGGAAGCCCACCAGAUAUGCACAUCAUUGUGUCGGUGUGUGAUUUCUUGUUGUUUGUCCACCCAGCAGCUAACACGUAUAUCAGCUGUUCUCAGUCAGGCUUCUACUUUAAGCUGUGGUGGGAUUCAGGUAAAGACCAGACAAUGAGAUCGAGUAUGAGCAAAGUCAAUACUGUGAGAACACCUUCAACAAGUACCCCCCACACUAAAGCUUCUGAGGAAUCAGACCACAAUUUUACAGAGGUGGAUUUUGUCAAGAAGAAUCUGUUUAAGGAAGAUGAUACAGUAUUCAGAGAUGAAGCAUAUCCUCCAGUAAAAGUGUUACACCACAAACAAGGCAGCUGGAUGGAAAUUAUCACUCCUGAAGAAUUCAAAACUAAUCAGGAUGAUGAUGGUACACUUCCAAAAAGUUUGGAUCCUCCCAUUUUUUCAGACGACCCAAAGGCAGCAGCAGAAAUUAAUGCUCAAGACUCAGGGGAAUUAAAUAAACAAGGUCACUCACCAGGCACAGGAAGAACCAAAGACCAGUUGAAGGAUGGGAACCAGUCAGCAUCUGAUGCUGUGGUGAUUGACAGUGAACACUUGGAGACCGUGUCAGAUCUGGAGGGGAGCAGUGGGUCCACAUUCCAUAGCAGCCAUCUGCCCACUCCUACUGACCUUGACAAUGAAACCUACACUCAGUUUGAGAAUCCAUUCACAAAGUCUGUGUCUUCUUACACUUCAGAGGAAAUCCAUCAUGAUGAUGAAGGACUGAUUGUUCAGAAGCCAGAUGUCAAUUUUGAUGAAAAGGCAGAAGAUAAUGACUUUGAACGUGGUCUGAUUGCUGUCUGCAUUGGAUUGUUGAAGACCUUGUCCAAUGUUGUGAUCAACAUGCCUGAUACCAUGGUAACCAAAGUAUUGCAGAAUGUCAUUAAUACAGAUAUUCUGAUCAUUAUGGCUCACAGUAACUCUCCUGAAGUUAGGACAUGUGUGAUUAAGUUGCUGAGUAGUUAUUUAUUCCGAGCUCCACCAGAGCAGGUGUCUGACUUCCUGAAAAAAGAGAGUUUCCACCUAUUGGGGGCCCAGUUUUACCAAUACCCAUCUCAUACUCAGCAGUUGGAGGAGUCUAUCUCACUAAUACUUGGCUUGAGAUUCACUUUUGACUCAGAUUUGGAGAUUAAUAAACUUGAGAUGACUCCAGUCCAGCAGUCAGCUGUUGUUCUUCUUCUGUCUCUGCUGGAAAAUACUCUGUGGGACGUGGCUCUCUGUCAUAAUGCCCUAAUUACAACUAAAAAGAUGUUUGAGAGCAGCUCAGUCCUUGGUUCACUGAUGUUGGAGGCAGGCCUGAUAGAGGUGCUCACAAACAUGUUGGCACGGAUCCAUCGACUCUCCUCAAGGAGUACAGAUAUAGCUGGAAGAGAUGAACACCAGAUCUGUGUAGAAGAUUUACAGAACCUGGUCUGUGUCAUUGCCUGUAGGGAAUUCAGUGCAAGUGGAGGCCAUCAUCUUCAACAGUUUGAUGAUCUUCGAUAUUUACUACGGCAACUGGAGACCAAAGAAAAGGCUGUGUUUGGAGAGAACAGCCAGGUUUUACAGAACCUGAAGAGUCUACAGUAUAGCGUGAUCCUGUUCCAGCUCAAUGUGGUGGAGAAUGCAGGCCAAGAAAAAGUCUUCCGUCAGGUGUCAGUACCUGAAAGUCUCACUGAAUCACCUGGGUAUGCAUUUGGACCCAUUUUCCCAACCUUCACAAACCGUCCUGAAAACCUCACUGAAUCCCUCCCCAGAUUAUCAGCUCUUCCUUUAUCAUUUACCUCAUCUGUAGACAUUGACAACCGGUCGAGCUAUCAUGGAGAUUCAGACAGUUCUGCAUCAUCUGGGCGUUUGUCUCGUCACCAGUCCUUAGUCAGUAGCCUGCCUUCAGAUGCACCUCAACCCAAACCGAGCAAGUCCUCGUUCUCCAUUGCCAAUAUGUUCAACAAGUUUAGCUCCAGGAAAAGUCGUCUAAUGGUCCUACCACUGUCCCAGUCAGAAGUGAACGAGAGAUUUAAAAAGCUCCUGACCUCUGCUGUAGACAUGAUUGUCCAUACAGAUAAGGAAGAAGUUUCAAAACCAGCUGAGAGGAAAUCCCUAAGCUCAUUGUUUGAGGGGUCUGAGCCGGUCUCUGUGGACACAAUUUACAUGCGACGAUUAUUUGAUUUUCUGUACAGAGGAUUUGAACAUACUCUUUAUAACCAGGACAGAAUGUUGCUUAGAACCCAGAAGAACCAAGUUAUGUGGGGAUUACGAGACACGACGAGGAUUCAGCUGGCCAGACUUCUGGUCUAUAUGCUUUCUACCAGACAAAUACUGGAGGACAGGACCUACAUUCUGUCCUACAUUGUCAACGAGAUAAAGGGACUGGAAAUCCUAAAGAUCCUCAUUAACACCUCCACAGAAUACGCACAUGAAUUGGGCUAUUACAUGUGGGACCUGCUUGAGAAUUGGGGGGAUAGUUUAAAUAGCCAGCAUCGGUCAGAUGGAUCAAGAAUCCUGCAGAUUCUAAAGAACUGUGACAUACCUGUUGUCUCCCCAGGAAAGGGGGAGGAAUGUCAAUCUUUUCUUACAGAGGAAAAACUGAUAAUUGAAAUGAGACUUCAAAAGGGAAGACAACUAUGGAAGAAAAAGAGUGAAGUCAAUGUUGAUAAGGCAAUACAUCGCCAGGAUAAAGUGUAUUCCAGUUUAUCAACUCUUGCCAUGGAGAUGACCCAAAGAGUAACAAAAUUGCAAGGUCAGGAGAGAAGCAAGUUUGUGGAACACAUCAAGAGAACUAUGACAGAGAAAAUUCAGAUUAAAAAAUCAUGGCAGCAGAUUGUCCAGAAUCUUACCCAUGAAAGAGCUGUGUGGCAUGAUGCCAAGUCGUAUCCAAGGUCUUGGCAGCUUGAUCCCACUGAGGGUCCAAGUAGAGUCAGAAAGAGGCUAAAGAGGUGUCACCUUGGAAUAGAAAAGAAAUUCAUUACUCCUGAAAAUCAGUAUAAAAUAGAAAGUGAAAUGGUAGAUCCACCCCUGAUCUAUUUGUUUGAAGAUGACCACCAGACUUCAGACUCAGCAGCUUUGAUUUAUCAGCUUUACAGGAGUGAGAAAAUCCAACAUACUUGUAAAUGUACAGCUGUGUCACCAUUCAAUGAGAGCAAAGGAGAACUACUGGUCGGAGAAAACAGUAUUUUCUUUGUCGCAGAUGAAGCAAUUUCAGAUGCCAACUACACUCAAGUGUUGUUAGGUAACAAGGACCAACUAUCAAUGACAUGGCCUUAUGAAGAUAUCAGGGAAAUUCACAGACGCUGGUUCCAGCUUAGAGAUGUAGGCAUCGAAAUUUUCUUGACCAACGGCAAAACAUGUUUGUUAGCUUGUCAGAAUAACAAGGAAAGAGAAGGCUUAUAUCAGCACCUUCACACACUAGAGCUCCCGAACUAUGUAAUACUGGAGGAACUACCUAAAGUCCAGCAGUCCUGGAUCGAGGGCAGGAUGACAAAUUUUGACUACCUUACGCAUCUCAACAAAAUUGCUGGCCGGUCAUUUAAUGACCUGAUGCAGUACCCGAUCUUCCCUUUUGUUCUCAAGGACUAUUUUAGUGAAAGGUUGAACUUAUGUGAUGAGAAGAGCUUUAGGAACCUUAGUAAGCCCAUGUCUGUGCAGUUUGAAGAAAAGAAGCAGAAGUAUAUAGACAACUACAACAUUCUGAAGCAGGAGAGAGAUCGUGGAGAAGGCACUGAUAACUCGUUGCUGAGGGUGGAACCUUAUCAUUACGGCAGCCAUUACUCUAAUAGUGGCACUGUCCUCCAUUUUCUUGUUAGACUUCCACCAUUCACAAAAAUGUUCCUGAGUUACCAAGAUAAGAACUUUGAUCUGCCAGACAGAACAUUUCACAGUGUACAAACAGCUUGGCGACUUGCCAGUUUUGAAUCAGCUACAGAUGUUAAGGAGUUAAUCCCAGAAUUCUUUUUCCUUCCAGAAUUUCUGAAAAACAGUGAAGGUUUUGACUUUGGAAAAAGACAGAAUGGAGAGGUUGUAAAUGAUGUAAAUCUUGCUCCAUGGUGCAACAAUGAUGCCCGUCUAUUUGUGAUGAUUCUUCGUCAAGCAUUAGAGUCGGAUUACGUCACAAAAAACCUUCAUAACUGGAUAGAUCUGGUUUUUGGAUAUAAACAGCAAGGAGAGGAAGCCGUGAAGGCCAUCAAUGUUUUCCAUCCUUCAACCUACUUUGGAAUGGACAUAGAUAGCGUGACUGACCCACUACGGCGCCAUGCACUGAAGACAAUGGUCAAAACCUAUGGUCAAACCCCUAAACAGCUGUUUAAAUGGCCUCACCCCCAGAGAAAUUCCCAACAGGACACACCUAACAUCAUCUCGCAGUUGUUUUCUACAACAUCAUACCUAGCAGAGGUACCAGUUAAACAGAUGCCUCAGCUUCCCUAUGUUCCUAGCCCAUUGGCCAGUGUGAAUGGUAUGAAGUGGGGAGUGUAUGUUGGAUCCCGAAAUUUAGCUCCCCCUGAAAUCAUUUGGCAGGGUCGAUACAAUGCUGUGGUGGCCAGUCUGACUGCUUUCCCUACCGGAGAAGUGUUUGGGGUUGGGGAAAAAUGCCACUGUCUCACAAUGCUCAGCAAACAAAAAGUGUCUACUAUUUACAAUUCCACGGAUGUUAUUUGGGCAGCCAUUCUAGACUGGAAAGAAGCAGAUGGUAUAUUGAGAAUUCGUCAGGUGAAAAAAGAAAAUCCGCCAAUUAAUCUUCUUUCCCACUCACCGUUUGAACAGGUAACGUGUUGUGCCUCUGUACCAGACUGUCGUCUGCUGUUUGUUGGAGGGACUAGUGGAACCAUAACAAUCUACAACACUGUGUUCAAUCAGGCAAAGGAAAGCUGCUUACAAAUCAAAGGCAGCAGACAGGUGCUCCACGGUCAUACAGGGAGUAUCAAUGCUCUGGUGGUGUGUAAGCUGUACAGUGUGGUAGUCAGUGGGAGUGAGGACCAUACCUGUAUUAUCUGGGACCUCAAUAGGUUGUGUUACGUGAGGUCUAUUACCAGUCAUUUGUCACCUGUUAGAGUGGUGGCCAUCAGCAGUACACUGGGAGACAUUGCCUCGGUCAGUCAGAAGGGUCCAGGCAGUCAGUUAAUGCUUCACUCCAUUAAUGCCACACCUAUAGCCAAGAGCACCACACUGGAGAGUUGUAUAAACUGUCUGUGCUUCUCCACGGCCCCGGAGGGUCAGUCUGUCAACAUCCUCGCUGGGGGGAUGGAUAAUGGAAUCAUUAGACUCUGGAGCAGUAUGGACUUGACAGUGCUUAGAGAUCUGCAGACUGAGAAUCUCUUGCACAAACCUGUGAUCAGUUUGACAUUCACUAAUGAUUCCUCGCGCCUGUAUAUGACGUCUUCUGAUGGGACAAUUACAGUGUGGGAGUCACCUCCCUUUGGUCGAAUCAGACCAAAUAACCUUCUCCUUCACAUCUAAAGUCGGGAAGACUCGUGGCAUCUCACCAGCUAGACUGUAUCUUUUGUUAGGGCAACACACCUCAGAAUUCUGAGUAUAAUUGUACAGAAACAUUUUUUGAUCAUCAUUUUCAUAUACAUUGUACUCCACUUGAUCAAUUAAACUGUGAAAUAAUGUACAUAGUUCAUUAAAGUCACGUUGUAGGCAGCUUGAUAUAGUAUUUAACAAUUUUUAAUUAAAGGCAAUCUUUUUAUAUAUUGAUAUUUCAAUUGGAACCUAUUGAAAAACGUCAUGAAAAUACAUGAUACGUAUUAAACAAAGAUACUGGAUAAUUUAAAUGAUAAUUAAGCAAAUAAAUGUAUUUUAUAUUUAUAUACAAUAUAA